AUGGAUGUAAGCACUAAACGUAGCGCAGAUAUUGACUCGGAUCAUGAACUGGUCAUUACUUCAAUAAGGAUUGAGCUAAGCAGGAACUACAAGCAAGGGAGCUAUCAGAGUGUACGCAAGCGUUUUGACGUGAAUAAACUUGCCGAUGAAGGAAAGCGUAGUGAGAUGGCAAACGCAAUGAGGGUAAGACUGCUUACCAACAAUCAUGGUUCGUGGGAAGAAACGUGUGCAGAAAUAAACAGCUUUGCAGAGGAAACAUUGGGAUAUGUAAACAACUGUUCUAGGAAAAUAUGGGAAUGCACUCAACAGUACCUAGCGGACAACAGACUUAAGCCACAAUACAGAACGAUUGCCAAGGAGGUUAAACGAUCUGCACGCGUCGAUAAAAGGAAAUACUACGAGAAUCUAGCAGGGGAAGCAGAGGAUACUGCCGGAGCAAACAAUAUGCGACAUCUUUACCCGAUUAUUAGUCGUCUAUCCGAACAAAAUUUUAACCACAACAAUGCAGUAAGAGACUGCAUCGGACAACUACUUACUACUGUAGAACAACAAACCAGAAGGUGGAAAGAGCACUUUGAGAAUAUUAGUAACAUAACCAUUACCAAAGAAGAAAACAAUGCAAACAUGUACCAAACCGGUAUUUUAACGGAAGCCAUAAACAUUAAUCCUCCGAGCUUGGAUGAGAUCAUGAACGCAAUCACCUCACUGAAGAGAAACAAAUCACCAGGUGAGGACGGCAUAUCAGCCGAAAUCUUACAAGUUGACCCCAUGGCCUCAGCUGAAAUUAUGCAUCCAUACAUCACAGAGGCUUGGCAAAGCGAAAGGUUCCCAAAUGAGUGGUUAAAAGGUACAAUCGUUAUACUUCCUAAAAAAGGCGAUCUAAGUGACUGUAACAAUUGGAGGGGUAUUACACUCCUAAACGCAAUAUAUAAGGUGAUGGCGACAAUAGUGAACAGUCGCCUGAAACCUGUUGAACAAGGUUUACGUGAUAAACAAGCUGGCUUCCGGUCCCAUCGAAGUUGCGUCGACCAGGCCAAUACGCUGCGAAUCAUAAUCGAACAGUCCGUCGAAUUGCGCUCUCCUCUCUAUUUGGUGUUCAUAGUUUUCCAAAAAGCUUUCGAUACAAUUAAACGUAAUGCUAUAUGGACGGCCCUAAGGAAUAAAGGUGUACCCACGAAGGUGAUUAACAUAAUUAAAUGA